ACUAGUUGGAAAUGGACCAACAUGGCUAGCACUGGAGUUUUAAACUAACUUCGUAAUCAUGAUGCGACUUUUAUCCUCUCACAGAUUAAGUCGUUAUGUGAAGGAUUGUUUUGAAUCAUACAGAUGCAUCUCAAACAGCUGUCAGUCCGAUGACUACAUCAGGAGGUUUAUUUCAGACAACACGGAGAUAGUUAGAGGGCAGAGUUUGACUCCAGACAUCAAACUGAGACUCUUCACCCCCAGCUGCAGAUUCUGGUAUGAGAGACCAGAGCUGUGGCCUUUUGAUGACCCUUACUGGGCCAUAUACUGGCCGGGAGGACAGGCAUUGUCAAGGUACCUGCUGGAUAACCCUGCAGUGUGUCAGGGUAACACAGUCCUGGAUCUGGGGAGCGGCUGUGGAGCUUCAGCCAUCGCGGCAAAACUAUGUGGUGCUGCUCAUGUAGUCGCCAAUGACAUUGACGAUGUUGCAGCCAUUGCGACCUGCAUUAACUGUGAGCUGAACGGCCUGGAGCCGCCUGUUUGUGUUACUGCCAACAUGAUCGAUUCAGAGCCCGAGAACUUUGACCUGAUCCUCCUGGGUGACAUGUUCUACGACGAGGCUCUUGCCACCACCCUUCACAGCUGGUUGGACCGCUGCAUUAAAACCCACGGCACCCAAGUUCUGAUUGGAGAUCCUGGACGAGCCCAGUUUGAGGAGCAUGGCAUUCGAAGGCUCCUGCAUCGGCUGGCUCAAUUUGAGCUGCCUGAGUCUGUUCGAGAGGAGAACUAUGGUCUGACCUGCAGCAGUGUGUGGUGCUACCGUCCUGAACUGUGAGGACUAGAUGUGGUCCUCUAUUCUGUGUAUUUGUGUAUUUAAUAUAAUUUAUAUAUCACAUAAAGACUGACUAUACAGGGUCACUGAGAUUUCACUUGCUGCCUUUCCUAGAGAGAAAAUACCAACAACUAUUUUUUUUACAUGAUAUUCACAUGGAUAAUAUAAGAAGAAGAAUUUUGCCAUGCUGCAACCAAAUGUCCUACUGGGGAUAAUAAAGACUGAACUGAACUGGUAAAGCAAUACAGUUUAAAAAUGAUU